CGCCCUUGGACUGGGAGCGGAUAAAAGCCCAGGGGUUCCUUUGUUGCGGGCCUCUUCGGAAUCCUCAGCUCGACCUGUUUUUAUGUCCCUGCGCCGUGAAUAAAUUGGUUUAUGGAACUAGACGUAUGCGACUCUGCUACGGGAAACCUGCGGUCGAACCGGGAUGUGAAGCCUGGACUGGAAUAAAGGCAAGGACAAAGGCUCCUGCUCCAGUAACGAGUUGCUAUUGAACGGAACGGAAAGCGUGCUAAAAUAGUACCUCUCCACUGCACGGAAAGGUAAGCAUAAGGGCAGAUUUAAAAGCCUGGAGGCCAAAAAGAGAGCCUUCAGAUCGAAACAAAAACUGCUUUAAGCACCCAGGGGCCAAACUAAGAACCCCGAAACAAAACGCCUGGCAAAUAGCUGCCCACAUCAAAAAGACUGCUUAGGAAAUGGGAUCUAAAAUGUCCUCAGAACAAAACACAGUUUACAAACAGAUAAAAUGCCUGCUUAAACAACAUGGGCUCAAAAUAGAAGACCCUUCUUUGCAAAAUUUACUCCUGUGGGCACUGCAGAAUCAUCCCGGGUUGAAUGUUACUAAUGUCUUUGAUGACGCGGAAUGGGAUCUCAUUGGUGUCAGGCUAUCGGACUCUGCGACAAAGGGAGACAAACAGGCUACCGACCUUCUCGGAACCUGGAGGGCAGUCUUUCAGGCUUUAAAAUCCCACACAGCUAAAAAGUCUGAAUCUGUCGUUACCGGUGACUCCAGCCACCCACCAGAGAGUGCGGCAGGGGAGGAGCUUGCCCCACCCCCCAUACCGCCGGUACAUGCUGCGAGGGAGGGGGAGUGCCAAAAUAGCGGCGGCUCCUCUGCACCCCGCUCACUGAACAACUCUAAAGUCCCUACCGCCCGGGGCCCUAAUGAAAAUUCAAGGGAUUUCAAUCCCUUUGACUCUAAAAAGGAGGUCAGUUCAUAUCUUCCUGACCCUCCUGAUAGAUGGGCACAAGUGAGGCAGGAGGCUGCUGCAGCAGGAGACAUAGAAAUGCUGAAAUAUCUUCCUCAUCCACCCCGCUGGGAAAAUAUUCCGUACCAAGUCCUGAAAGAAUUGCGAAAGUCAGUCACUGAUCAUGGCUUAACUGUUCCGUUUACAAUGGGGCGGUUAGAGAUUGUGUUUGAUUCCUUUACUUUAAUCCCACUUGAUUGCGAAGCAAUUGCAAGAAUGAUUCUCACUGCACUGCAAUUUAGUAUUUUUAAAACUGAGUGGGAAUAUUUGGCCCAGAGAGCUGCUGCAGAAAAUGCAACCAGUCUAAACAAUGUAAAUAAUCUAACAGCACAACCUAUAAUUAGUAUGGAAAUGCUUCUGGGGACAGGACCCUUUGCCACUCCGACAGCGCAAGCCCAACUGCCAAUUCAUGUUCUGAACGAAGCUAAAAGGCUAGCUUUUCGAGCUCUUCGCGAAGUUCCAGAGGUUGCGACGGCUCGUCAGUCUUUUGUUACUAUUCUUCAGGGACCGCGAGAAACAUUUAUGGAAUUCACUGAUCGUUUAAAAGAUGCAAUUGACAAACAAGUAGGGAAUAGUACGGCACGAGAGAUUUUGUUCGAACACUUUGCAAUAAAGAAUGCUAAUAUAGAUUGCCAAAAAAUAUUACGAGCCUUACAGAACCCCACAAUUUCGGAAAUGCUUCGAGCCUGUCAAAAUGUGGGUUCAUAUUCUCAUGAAAUGACUGCUUUAGCCGAAGCAUUAUCUGCUUUAAGAGGACCUUCUUCGUCUCAGCUAUGCUAUGGCUGUGGUCAGCCUGGACAUUCUAGAAAGCAGUGUCCGAACAAAAAACCUACCAGACAGCCUGGUUUAUGCCUGCGCUGCCGCAAAGGUUUUCAUUAUACUCAAAAGUGCCACUCAAAAUUUACCCGGGAAGGUAAACCGCUUCCUUCACAGGGAAGGGGUAAAGAGCAGUCGGGAAACUUUUAAGGUGAGCACAUCGGGACCCCAUGCGAUGACAGCAAGUGCUCCCGAGUUUCAGCCCAGCCACUCAUACUAACCAGCACCUUACGAGCACCCACCUCAGGCAGCGCUGGGGUGGAUCUGGCCUUCACAACAACAGCAAAACUACAUGAUAAUAACGUACAUGUAGUUCCAACAGGGGUCCAAGGUCCACCGGGAAAUAACUGUAGUGCAUUAUUAAUCGGCUGCUCAUCAGCAACUCAUCUUGGUAUUUUUGUGCUACCGGGAAUCAUCGACUCUGAUUAUAUGGGAAAGAUUGAGAUGAUGAUGAGGACUCCUAUGCCUCCCUGCCGUAUUGAAAAAGCCACCAUUAUUGCUCAGUUAAUUCUCAUUCACACCUACCCCCCUGGAUGCAGUAACUGAAUAAGAGGAGACCAAGGCUUUGGUUCAAUGGGAAAUAACUUAGUGCCCGUAGAUGCUUUUAUCUCUUGGGCACAGCCUCUGUCUGCUCAGCGCCCAACUUUAAGCUGUCAGUUGUACAAUACUGUGGAAAAGGGUAUGGUCCAUAUUAAUGGUUUAGCAGACACUGGAGCUGAUGUGACUUUUAUUUCUGCCCGUGUGUAGCCCCCCUCUUGGACACUCAUUGAGCCAGACAAAACUGUGAGGGGAGUCAUAGGUCUAACCAUACCAAAGCGGAGUCUGCACCUGAUUUUAAUUACUGGUCCUGAAGGUCGCUCGGUGACACUGUCCAUAUGUUUUAAAUAUACCCCUCACUUUGUGGGGCCGAGAUGCCUUAGGACAAUGGGGAAUUGGACUCAGCACAAAUUUAUCAUGAUGGCCACUGAGCUGCAGCUAGUCCCCACUCUCACUUGGCGAACAGAAGAGCCUGUCUGGGUGGAUCAGUGGCCACUUCCAGAGGACAAGCUGCGUCAACUUCAACUACUUGUUAAGGAACAGCUCGACUGAGGGCAUAUAUGCCCUAUGACCAGUCCCUGGAAUUCCCCUGUUUUUGUAAUUCAGAAAAAGAAUGGCAAGUAGCAUGUACUGCGUGAUUUAAGAUGCAUUAACAAUGUUAUUGAACCCAUGGGAGCUUUGCAACCAGAUCUUUCCUCUCCCAUCUGUGUUACCCCAAGAUUGGCCACUAAUUAUCAUCGAUUUGAAAGACUGUUUUUUAACAAUUCCUUUACAUUCCAAUGAUGCAAAGCGAUUUGCCUUUUCUGUGCCAACUUUAAAUGCCAGUGAACCUUAUGCUCGUUAUCACUGGAAAGUGUUGCCUCAGUGAUUAAAAACAGUCCAACCAUUUGCUAGUUAUAUGUAGUUACAGCACUAUUGCCUGUGCACCAACAAUAUCCAGAAGCCUACAUUUACCACUAUAUGGAUGAUACUUUGAUCUGUGCAGCUAAAACAGAAUUGACACAACUAGUGCUGAAAGCCAUAAUUGCAGCAGUCACUGCCUAUGGUCUAAAAAUAGCACCAGAGAAAAUCCAGCAAGAUGCUCCUUGGCAUCAUUUAGGGUGGAUAAUAACACAAACAUCAAUUCAACCACAACAUGUUUCUCUAGAAACAUCUGUACAAACUCUUAAUGACCUGCAAAUAUUACUGGGAGUUAUUAAUUGGCUCAGACUAGUGUUAUGCAUUACUACAGUUAAAUGCACACGUUGCUUACCGUCUUAAAGGAAUGCCCAGACUUAACUUCUCCUCGACAAUUACUGCCCGAAGCAACCACUUCCGUGCAUGCUGUGGAACAAGAACUGAACUCUUGUCAAGGCAAUCGUCGCCUUUUAGAUGAACCAGCAGUGUUAGUUGUCCUAACGGGACCUGCUCAGCCUUUUAGACUUUUGGGUCAACUGUUAAAAAAGAAUUCUGAUUUUUGCUUGUGGGAAUGGUUCUUUCUAGCACAUCAAUUUCCAGAAGCUGUAAUGACUCAAGCAGAAAUGAUUUCACGAAUUCUCCGGAAAGGACGACUUUAAUGUUGGGAACUUUGGGGGUGUGAUCUACACACAAUAUACUUGCCUUUAACAACAGAAAGCUUGAAAUGACUAGAAAAAACCAGUUUGGAUUUCCAGACUGCCAUAAUCAAUUAUAAUGGGCAACUGAGUAUUCACUUACCUGCUUGUGCUUUUUUACAGCAACUAAACCACUUGCCAUUGAAGCUGAAGUCUCAUUGGUCCCCAGUCCCCUUAUCAGAUGCACAAACUGUGUUUACUGAUGGCUCUGGAUGCACUGGAAGAGCUGUAGUGGUAUGGCAAAAGGAUGGUGUAUGGCAAAAUGAUAUACACCAAUUUAGUUGGGUCACCACAACUUGUGGAAUUUUCCGCAGUUGUCCGUGCCCUAAAAUUGUUUCAGGGCCCUCUUAAUAUAGCUUCAGAUUCUCAGUAUGUGGUUGGCAUUGUCUAAUGCAUUAAACAUUCCUAUCAGAAAGAAAUAAAUAACAAACCACUGUUUGCAUUGUUUCAAAGGCUAAUGUUUGUGGUUAGUAACAAGACAGUCUCUGUUUUUUACAGCGUGUGUGUUCUCACAUCGCAUUGCCCGGACCAAUGACAGAAGGCAACCGGUGUGCUGACGCGGUUGCACGACCUGUAAUAGUGCCCCAAUUGUUUGAACAGGCUAAAUUGUCACACAACUUUUUCCACCAGAAUGCAAAGUUCGAAAAACCAGUUUGGCCUUACACUUGACCAAGCCCUUUUUAUCAUUUCAUCCUGCCCAGAUUGUCAACAAAUCACCCCCUUAACUCCAGAAGGAGUUAAACCCCGAGAGCUAGAACCACUUCAAGUGUGGCAAACCGAUGUUACCCAUGUACCAUCUUUUGGCAGACUAAAAUGGGUACAUGUCUCUAUUGACAUCUUCUCUGUAUUUUUAGUUGCCGCAGCUCAUUCUGGUGAAAAGAGUCGUAUAUUCAAUGCCAUUUUCUUACAGCCUUUGCUCAUAUGGGUGUUCCCAAACAGGUUAAAACUGAUAAUGGACCCUCCUAUGUAUCUGCCUGUACCCGUGAGUUCUUUGCCCAGUGGGGCAUUGGAACAUGUUCCAGGAAUCCCACACUCUCCUACUGGACAAGCAGUACUUGAACGUGUGCAUUGUAUGCUCAAAGAAAUGCUGCAAAAACAAAUUAGGGGGAGUGUGGGGUUGACUCCUCAAGAAUGUUUAAAUAAAGCGUUAUAUGUACUUAAUUUUUAAAAUUGUUUAGUUGGGGACUCUGCCCCAGCUCAAUGCCAUUUUGUUCCAGCACACAACCCGAUGGAAGGUAAAGCUGAAGUGUUGUUUAAAGACCUGAGCACAGGACAUUGGCCAGGUCCUCACCCAUUGAUAACCUGGGGAAAAGUUACGCUUGUGUUUCCAGAGUCAGAGGACAUACCGUUUUGAGCGGCCGUAUCUUACACCAUCUUCCUAGUGACAGGAAUGCCUCCUGACUGGACCAUCCCCAACCAAUGGAACGUCUGGGUGACCCUCGCCAAUGUGAUUGGAACUGACACGUUAUGCCUGCCUGUAGCUACUCUAUCAGAUCCAUUUUGUACGUGCUUGGUAGGCCUUCCACUCUCCAAGGAUCAAUGGAUGGCCUUUUUAAAUACAUAUUUGUCUCAUUGUUCUUACCUUGACACUUACGAUACACCCCUGGCAGAAUGCACAAAUACGAAAGGGCAAAGAGGGAAACAGCCAAAGGGAGAGUAUAAAGAUCAUUUUCCUACCCUCCCUUUAGAACCUCAAGGGAUAGAUAUAAUGGGGCAGCUUAACAUUUUUACCCUACUGACCUGUAUUCAGAAAAUCCACUGGCAGUUGAUGUGUCAGGAGCUUAUCAAAAUGACAGCUUUUGGCGUAAACUACCCAGCCCAACUAUCAUUAAAUAUGAGCCACAUCCAGUUGGCUUGCCCGAUGGACUGUUUUUGAUUUGUGGACAAUGAGUCUGGAGAGGCAUCCCUGGUAAGGCAGAGGGUGGGCCUUGUAUGUUUGGAAAGCUAACACUGUUUAACCCCAGAUAGUUACCCUCAGAUAGACCCUUACGCAGCAAAAGCAAACGAUUUGUGAACCAAUAUGCUUCAGACUGUAAUUCUAAUGUCUACUUUUGUGGCCCAGCAAAGAGAGUUUUUGCCAGCCUCAUAUCAGGCAUAGGGACUGCACACUCUUUAACUUCUUUAGAUGGACUUGCCUGUUUGCUUGCAAAAGAAACUAAUGCUACUAGUUCAGCUAUUGGUGCCUUAUUAACCGAUGUAGACUCAGUAAGAAAAACAACCUUGCAAAAUAGAGCAGCUGUUGAUUUUUUGUUAUUAGCUCAUGGACAUGGAUGUAAAGAAUUUGAAGGACUUUGUUGUAUGAAUGUCAACGAUAAUUCUUAAUCAAUAUAUCAAAACAUUGAUAAGUUGAAACUUUCAGCUCAACUUAAAGAAGAUGAUGAAGAAGAGUUAAGAUAGUUUCAAUAGUUUCUUGAUAUGUUUCUUGAUAGUUAAGAUAGUUUCAAUAGUUUCUUGAUAUGUUUAGUGUAGGACCUUGGUUAAAGAAAGCAUUUAUAGUAACAUUAUUGGGACUGUUUGUAUUCCUUUGUAUUAUGCUUUGUAUUCCCUGUUUGUUAUCCUGUAUACAACGUAUGAUUAAAGUUUUAUACAAGUUUCAAUUUUGCAACUUGAAAACAAAAAAGGGGAAUUGUUGGGGAACAAAUUCUUUAUGACACAGCAGAGAUAAGAAGUGAUCUCAGCAAGAAAGCAUGGGAUUUAAACAAAGAUAAAGAAAGUUUGUUUACAUUCACUCCCUGAAAUUCUUGCAUUAUCUAUUAAUUAGGCAGACUUGUAGAUGCUGUGGUAAAUCUCUUUAUGACUUUGUUUUGCCCCAUCUCUCAUUGUAUUUGUGAUAAAGAAAUGCCUGCUUAUCUGUUUGAUAAAAAGCAUCUCCCCGUGUUUCUUGGACUUUUAAUCCUGGCUAUGAAUGGAAAGUUUGUCCCUCCUUCCCAAAACCCUAUAUAUACACCAAAAAAUUGUAACCAUUAAAUGAUUCAGUUUUA